AACAUUCGGAGAGGAGAGAGAACGACGACGCAGCCGCCGACAACGAUUGCGACAUAAACGGAGUUUCGCGACAUUUGAUUGCGUGGAUCACUUUUAGGCUCGCCUUUUUUCGCGUCGGCUCUCGCUGAUAAAAAAAUCGCUUGUAAAAAGUUUCAAACUCCGUGUCGCGCUGUGUAAUUUGAGAAAAGUGAUCCAUCGGUUAGUUUGCAGUGAAAUGUGAGUUAGUACGUAAACAUGAUUCGCGUGCUGGCAUAGCGGUGGAUAGGUGGAUAGGUGGAUGGUGCUGUUAAUCGAGGAAGCCUGGUACCGCGUAUCCGGCGACGUGUCGGAUAAUAGAAAAACGUCGUCGUCUUACCCGCGUCGUGUCGAGUCGUCGUUUCUCGAUGUGCUGAGGCAGCGUGGAGGUCGAGCAGCGGGAGGAUGCGAGGAGCCGCAGCUGCACCGCAACCGGCGCCGGCGCCGACGCCGAUGCCGAUACUACAGCAGGCGUCCCAGUGCAUACCGAUCCAGACCAAUUAUUACAUGCUCCGUAACGGUGGCAAUGACAACGCCAGCAUCGCGGCGCACGGCAGCGACGGCUGCAAUUCGGCCAGUAACUCGCCGGUGGCAUGUUACGAGAGUUUCACGCCGUCCGCGACGCAUCUGAUGGACCUCAGCGGCCCAGCGCCGGAGCAACAUCGUAACCUUUUGCCGUCCAAUUAUCAUCAUCAAGUCCCGGCCGGCUACAGUCUUUCGCACAUUGUCUAUAAAAAUCCGGAAGACUCGAGGUACCAUCAUCACCAUGACGUGUAUUCGCCCGGCGGCUGUGGCGCCGAGGAAAUGGUCGCUCCCGGCUCCGUCCAGUCGAUCCAGGGCCAGUCCUACCAUCCCGUGGAUGGAGUACCUGUGAUGGAAUACAAGGCGGAAAUCGAGUUCAAGCCCGAGAUGGAUAUGGUCGAUCAUGUCCAGAGGUACUGCAAGCAGACCCCGGAACUCGGUCACGUGACGGAGCCGUCGUCGUCGUCGACGAGAAACUACGGUGUCGCGGACGGCAGGCCGGCUGUCAGGAAGAAGAGGAAGCUCAGCGGCACCAGCAACAACGAGUCUGAGGGCGAGACUAUGACGGCAACCUCCUCGACAAGGACCAAGAUACGUCGCAAGAACGGCCAGAGCGACGAGGAGACUCAGAAUCAAAGAGCAAUGGCGAAUGUCCGUGAACGUCAGAGAACGCAGAGCCUCAACGAGGCAUUCGCCGCGCUCAGGAGGAUCAUACCUACUCUUCCAAGCGACAAGCUCAGCAAGAUUCAAACUCUCAAGCUGGCCGCUAGAUACAUCGACUUCCUGUUCCAUGUGCUCAGGUAUAGCGCCGAUAACAGCGAGAGCACUGAAAAUAUAGGAGAUAGAGGCGCCAGAAGUGCGAUUUUGACCGCGAGGGAAAUCGCAUCGUCACCCAGUACUUAUACGGCGCAUGAAUUAUCCUACGCUUUCAGUGUUUGGCGAAUGAGAGGCGACUGGAAUUCGAAUUUGUAAAAUAAGCGGCCCUGUUAGGAUAACAUAUUACAUUAAAGUUUAAUAAGGUAAGAUCGCGAGAGAAUUACAAGACAUUCGUAAAUUUAAUGUACGUCGCAAGAAUAUCUUGUUCAUCAAAAGAGUAUAAUACGCGUACAAGUACGAUAAUUUUUAUAUCAAACUAAAGAAAUUAGAGAUUAGGAAAAAAAAAGGUAUGAAAUAGAUGUUCCUGCGGCUUUGCUAUGCACGUAAUGUUACUCUCGCCGGUCCUUUCGGAAAUCAUUAUCUUUUAUAUAAAAAUAAAUAAAUUAUUAUAUAUAGGAUUGUGAUCUCACCCGUACGAAAUAAUAACACGUAUGUUCGCGGCGUUCUCUUCCGGCUCGCUUUGAAAUCUAAUCGCGGCAGUUAAUUCUGUCCCCGUUAAUUCGCGGCAUCGCCCGGCCGCUCGCUCUCGCUCGCAAUAAUGUAAGCCAAUAAUUUACGUCUUCUCAUCGGACUAUUAACGGCGCGACAACUCCUCGUGUACUGCAUCGCAUCGCUGCAAAGCGUGCUUAUUAACCGACGCUGCGUCACGCACCUGCAUCAAUCAACGAAAUUAUCUCUUCGCGAGAACGACAACGAUCGUGGCAUGACGGAUCUUUGUCCCUGCUCGCGUGGAUUUAAAUUGGAGUGAAAACAACUGGUGUUGUUACGCAAAUAAAUGAAAAUGUUUUCUGAAAAUUUCCUCAAGACUUUCGACAAAGAGUGUAAGCUUUCUAAUUAUUCCUCAUAUCGCGGGGUAUAUCUCGAACAAUAAAAUACGACGGGUAAUCGAUUAUUGCUGGGAGAUUCCCUCACUCGCAUUUAUAUUCUUCGUUUUGGCUACCUCUCGAAAGCACGUCUUGCAGCCCGUUAACGCCAAAUUUACGAGCGUUUACCCGGUCUGUCCAAACAAUCUUUUUACAUAGUUGAUUUAUUGAAUCUUAUAAGCUUCACUAAACUUGCCUUCCAAGCAUUCACCGCAAACUUGAGUCGAUAAACUGCAAAUUUCAUAACUCUUAACGUAGCAAAUAUUUUAUAUAUGUAUAUAUAUAUAUAUAUAUAUAUCUGCACAUAAAGAACAUUUAAAGAUUAUAAUAUCAAAUUUAAAUUAUAUUUAAAUUAUUGCAUAAUAAUCGUGGGAAUAAUCCGGGGGAAAUGCAAAUGUACUUUGCAAGUGAAUUUUAAUUUUGCAUAUACAAA